AUGAAACAAAGAUUACGGACGAAAGUAUGGUGGCCUAAAAUUGACAAAGAUGCAGAGAUAUUCGUAAGAAACUGUAAAAGUUGCACAUUAGUAUCUGCACCAAACCCACCUAAUCCAAUGAAACGCCGUGAACUACCGGUCGAACCAUGGAUUGAUGUAGCUAUUGAUCUAAUGGGACCUCUACCCUCUGGAGAUUUUUUGUUAGUUAUCAUUGAUUAUUACAGUCGUUACAAGGAAGUAAAAGUAACAAAAAGUGUAACAUCAAAUGAUAUUAUCAGGUUAUUAAAGGAGAUAUUUUCACGGCUUGGUUAUCCAGUUACCAUCACUGCAGAUAACGGCAGGCAAUUUAUUAGUCAAGAGUUUCGUAAUUACCUGCAAGAAUGUGGUAUAAUUCUUCACAACACAAUACCAUAUUGGCCCCAACAGAAUGGAGAAGUGGAAAGGCAAAACCGAAGUAUUCUAAAACGCUUAAAAAUCAGUCAAGUGGAAAGAAAGAAUUGGAAAGAAGAUUUAUUUUACUAUCUGAUGAUGUACAAUAGCACACCCCACUCAGUGACUGGUAAAACUCCAUCUGAACUAUUUUACAAACGACAAUUUCGGGAUAAAAUUCCAUCAUACAUAGAUAUUGAAAAUAAACAAGAAGAUUCAGAAGUUAGGGACAAAGACGCAUUGCAAAAGAAGCAGGGAAAAAUUACAGUGACCGCAAGCGAAAGGCCAAAGAUCACAGCAUAA